AGGAAGAGAGCUGCAUGUAUGGACGAGGGACAUAGAGGGAGGUGAAGAGCCCCUGUUACCUCACUAAAGCCAGAGAGAACAAACGCCAGUCCUGCUGAAGGAUUAGCUCCGUGUCAGUGCCAACAUGGCCCUGCCCUUUGUGAUGGUGUUGCCCUUGCUGAUCAUCGUGGCAGCCGGGGUGUACUACAUCUACAAUGAGGUCACGCACUACAUGUCCAAAUCCUUAGUGCGAAACAAAGUGGUGGUGAUCACGGAUGCUGUGUCCGGGGUGGGGACCGAGUGUGCCCAGCUCUUCCAUAAAGCCGGCGCCAGACUUGUCCUGUGUGGGACGAGCUGGGAUAAACUGGAGUCUCUGUUUGAUUCUCUAACUAGUGACGCUGACCCCAGAGAGACAUUUGCCCCCAAACUGGUGAUCUUGGACUUUAGUGACAUGGACAGCAUUGAGGAUGUGGUGGCCGAGGUGUUGGAGUGUUACGGCUGUCUGGACGUGCUGGUCUGUAACAGCAGCGUGAAGCUGAAGGCCCCCGUACAGAGCACCUCCCUGGAGAUGGACAGAAACAUCAUGGACAUCAAUUAUUUUGGCCCCAGCACUCUGGCCAAAGGUGUUCUUCCAACAAUGAUCUCCAGACGAUCGGGGCACAUUUUGCUGGUGAAUAGCAUCCAAGGCAGACUGGCCAUCCCAUUCAGAAGUUCAUAUGCCGCAUCUAAGCAUGCUGCGCAGGCCUUCUUUGACUGCCUGCGGGCUGAAGUGGAGGAGUAUGGCAUAAUUGUCAGCACCAUAAGUCAUACCUUCAUCAACGCCUCCGACCCUGUGGGGGAACCCGCCCCCAAGCGAAACGCCCUGGCAGCUUUUAUUGCUAGACAGAUGACCCAUGGUUUGCGCCCGUCAGUCCUGGCCAAUGAGGUUAUGCAAACGGUAAACAGAAAGAGGAAGGAGGUUGUGCUGGCCCACCCCAUCCCCAGGGUGGCCCUCUACCUCCGCUCCCUUUUUCCCCCUUUCCUCUUUGCCGUGCUGGCGUCUGGAGUGAAGGACUCUGUGUUGGAUGGGUAGAUUCAGGAGAGAGCCUGAAAGGAUAAAUGGAAUCAGAGAUGUGGAACGAAGCAUGAGUUUUUUUGGGGGAAAUGGUAGGUGUGUAAUAGUAUGUAGUUGACACUAAGCUGGACGACUAACAGGGCAAAGUAGGCAGCUGCCCUGGGAUGCUAGUUUCUCUGGGACUUAAGACUCCAGAUUCACCAUGUGGAAAUUUGUUUGUGGCAAUUCAAUUAAAAGUUGAAUAUAUAAUACUUAAUAAUGGCCACUAAAGCUUAAACCCUGUUUACUAAUUAGUUUUGUAUAAAAAAAAAAAAUCACAACACUGACGAGCCUUAUAUCGGUUCUGUGGCAAACAUAUUAGCAAACAGUUACCUAUUAAAGGUUCAGUGUGUAGAUUUAGUGAUAUCUAGUGGUGAAGCUGCAUAUAUUGCAUCUGAAUACCCCUCACCUCACCCUCCCUUCCAAACGUGACAGAGAACCUGUGGUAGCCUUGUUCAGUUGUCAUAAAAACACAAAUGGUGUUUAGUAUGUCUAGGGCGACUGUUAAAAAAGUCGCCCUAGACAUACAUGGCCGCCAUGUAAAAAACAUGGCGGCCUCCAUAGAGAGGAGCUGCUCCCGAUUUAAACGUCCCAUUCAAGGUUAAAGAAAACAGCAGUUCGUAGAAUUUCGAUGAUUAAACACUACGCAACAAUUCACACAACCUCAUUACGAUUUUUUAUAUACAUUUUCUGCCAAUAGAUCCCUUUCAUCUAAAUCGUACACCCUGGACCUUUUACUCAAGCAGACUUGGUGUGGAACAUGCGCAUUCAUUUGGAUUGAUGUUUCUGUCCACCUGAUGGAUUAAAUUACAAUAUUCUUGUUUUGGUAUCCCCCACAGCAUGGCCUAAAACUACCUAUAUC